CCCUCUCCAAUGAACUUGCCAAAUUUGUCUUUGAAAUACUGGCAGUAGAAUCAACAUUGACAUCGCCAGUGUGUCAACCUGACGUUGUAUCAUCCUGUAGUGGAAAUCUUAUUUCUCGUCAUAAUGUGAAGAUUUUGAUCUCACUAGUGACUGUUGAGCAACUUACACAAGCUACUUUUAUUUCAGGUGUCCCGUUUAAGAGAAAAGUCAGAAGACAAGAUGUUCUACACUUUACAAGCCGCCAUAUUUUUGGUAGUAGCAACCAGUAGUGAAGCCCUGCAUCCUGACUAUUGUCGGUUGCCAUCUCAGGCUGGGCCCUGUCGAGCGUCUUUUACAAGGUUCUAUUUUGACACCAAUACACAAGACUGCAAAGAAUUUAUUUACGGAGGCUGCAAUGGAAACGCCAACAACUUCCAGACAAUGGCAGAGUGCCGGGCUGCUUGUGUGUGCAAUCUAAACUACACUAACGCAUUGAUCUGCAUGCCACCGUACUUUCAAAAUACUUUCAACUAUACCCAGGCUAGCUGCUACGCGGCAGUGAACGGCGCCUGCAGCGCUGUCAAAAAGUCGUUUCCCAGUUAUCGCGACUGCCUUGACACGUGCGCCACGUCUGCUUGUUUUCAUAGCCCGACAUCGAGGCUGUGUCGUCCUGCCCAGACCCAGUACUUCUAUAACAUGACUUCAAGAGUGUGUGAGAAGUUCCUCUACGGCGGAUGUGACGGCAACCCCAACAGAUUCAACACUUUGGAAGAAUGCAACAAGCAGUGCACUGUGCCCGUCUCUUCCUACAGCAGCCGAUCAAGGGUAUGCUCCCUGCCUUCGGCUAGCGGUCCGUGCCUCGCCUACAUGCCCCGCUAUUUCUACAACAGCAAGACGCAGGCGUGCGAGCCAUUCGUCUACGGGGGUUGUCAAGGAAACGAAAACAGCUUCGAGACUGAAGAGGAGUGCAGAAAAUUUUGCACACUGUCCGACCGAUCGUUGGGAGUGGGGGAUGGUGAGUUUAGGGCAAGGCGAUCUAUCGAGUCGUCUGCUGAUGAAUGUCUCCUACCGCCAGACACGGGAAUGUGCCGCGCAUAUAUUGAAGCCUUCUACUUCAACAGUACCACAAAAACGUGCGAAAGGUUUGUUUACGGCGGUUGCGAUGGCAACAGAAACAAUUUCCGCUCCCCCAGUGAAUGCUAUGCCACAUGCCAUCACUAUAUCGUAAAUGAAGGACCAACAUCCCAAGAGAAUAUCAGCAAUGACAGUGAUAAAGGUCCCACAACUCCUUUGCCCAGCCAGAUUUGAAGAUUUGGCCUUCCUGCCCUGAGUCAAACUAAGCUAAACAGAGACCUGGCUGAAACUAUCAUUGUCAGAUUGACAACUGAUACUUCUGAUGCAGCAGUACUUACAAAUUGUCUUAGAAACACAUCUAAUGUGGAAGACUUGAACGCAAUGUGCAAAGUGAUUAGAACAAACAAUGUUCAUUUUUUACUGAAUAAAUACAAAACAUCA